CAGUGACAGUCAAAGAUGUCCACGAGAGAGAUCCUACUGGAUUACACGAUACAUGAAAUAUGGCAUUUGCAGCUGAUUUCAGAGAAGAAAACAAGACUGGAAUUACCUUAAGUGACAUUAGUCUUCAGGAGCCAUACAUAAAAAAGAAUACAAGAUUUUCUGCAUCAUUCCCAUUGAUCAAGCCAAACUUGAGUGAUCAGCCAAAGCAGAAAGUUGUUCACAUUUUUAAACAUCUUGAAUUGCUCUGUUACCAGACAGCAGCCAUGGUUAAAAUACCAGCCAUGGUUAAAAUACCAGCCAUCAGAAGUACUGAACAAAAAAAAGACUUCUCUCUUGAUGAGUCAAAGUACAUCAUCAGAGAACUGGCCACUGAACUGAACAGAGUCAUACAGUCCAAGGUGCUCUUGAUGACUGAAAAGAUUAAAAGUAAAGGGACCAAGGAAGAACAAGAGGAACAGAAAUAUUAUAUUUUCCAGUGGGCUGAAGAUGUUGAGAUCAAACAAUUGGACAAUGAAAAGCAGCACCAUCACUUUUCAGAACAUUUGACAAACAGCGAAAUCAAAUUAAAAAAAGCUAAAAGAAUCCUUUCUGAUUUGUCAUGGAGAUUAAAAGGAAAACAACAGAAUUCAAUAUGUCCAAAGGGAGAAUGUGGAGAAAUCCUGAAGGAUCUUCACAGACAGUGGAAGCAGGGAGAGUCCAGCGUCCUUCCAGUUAUGGACUGGAUGAUUUGGACUGUACUGCAGUCAGAAUGCUCUCAGGAUUCAGUUGCUAGACAGUGGAUUAGGAGUAAACUGAGGUCCAGAAAUACAGUUGGAUUACGCAUUCCUAAACCAGUUUGGAAUUGGAUCAAAACAUCAGCAGCUGUUGUAAUUCUAGAUCCAAACACAGCCUACCCAGAUCUCCUGGUCUCUGACGAUGGAAAAAAAUUAAAUUCUAAAAAAUAUACAGGUCAUGAUAACUGGGAAGGUUUUCAAAGGACGAGAUGUAGGUUUGAUGGCUUGAUGUGUGUUCAAGCUAAAGAGGGUUACAGCACAGGUCGUCAUUAUUGGGAGGUGGAUGUCAAGCAGAAGUAUGAGUGGCGAGUGGGAGUCGUGAAGGAAUCUGCUCCACGUAAUGGAUAUGCCAACAUGAACACAAAAGCAGGAUACUGGAAUCUGCGUCUGCAGCUGGGAACUGUGAUGGCUUUGACUGAACCAGUUACUAAACUCAAGCUGCAGUCUCCAUCUAAGAUUGGAGUUUAUCUGGACAUAGAAGAAGGCCAUAUCUCCUUUUAUGAUGCAGAAAAACAAAGACAUAUCUACACAUUUAACACAGAAUUUAAUGAGACUGAAAACAUUUACCCAAUGUUUGGCACUGUCGAGACAGACAGGGCAUUGGUCAUUUUAUCAUAAAAUGUGUUCUCAUAGAGCUUCUGUUGCACUACUGUAGAUACAUUCACCAGUAUUUUGCUGGUUAGUCACCAUCUCUAUUUGAAAAAAAUGCUAUUGCAUUUUUUCCCAGCAAUUUAUUUGUCCAUGUUUGGUUGAGCAUUGAUGGGCAUUAUAUUCUUCCAGUGUGUAGAUUAAUCCAAUCAAAUGUUUCAAUAUGUAGCCUAUGAAGCUUUCAAUCAAAGCACUGGUGUUCCACAUCUUGACAGUGUGUCAGCGUAAUGAUCAAUCAAGUGGUAAUUUAAUACUAUAACACAUCUUUCAGUUAGAUUUUUGUUUGAGUUUUUUUAUAAAUCGGGUAAUAAUGGUAAGAGUUCUUGUCAGGACAAAAACACUUACUUUUGUUCCAUUGUUAUAUGUAUAUAAUAUGCACCUUUUUCACUUCCACAUGAGUUUGCAGCAUUUUUGUUGAGAAGUUUUAUUAAAAAAUGAUUGCAAACUGGCAAUAAUUAAAAACAAUUAAUAAAAAUAA